ACACUUGUUGCUCAUGCUUCAGCAUCUCCUCACUCUCAUGCUUCAGCAUCAGCACCACAUCCCAACUUCUCCCACAGAAGAGCGGCGCCAGCAUGAGAGCAGCGUGUUUCUGCCUCCUCGUCUGGAUCUCCAAUCCCGACUGGACGGCGGGAUUGAACGACUCCUCACUUUUAGAGGGGAGCACUCUUCCGUUCGCGGACGACCUGCUGCUGAACGCGUCGGGACAGCCGGGGAACCGAACUUCUGUCUUCUUCCUGCUGGACUUUGACGAGGGGAUGCUGGAGGACUGGCGCUCUCUGGCCGACAGAAAGAGCAGCGGGAAGCAGUCGCAGGACGGCGGCGUGAAGGUGCUGCUCGUGGCCGCGUACUCCCUGAUCAUCGUCAUCUCGCUGUUCGGGAACACGCUGGUGUGCCAUGUGGUGGUGAAAAACAAAAGCACGCAGUCCUCCACCAGCUUGUUCAUCCUCAACUUGGCUGUGGCUGACAUCUUCAUCACUGUGCUCAACACCCCCUUCACACUGGUCCGCUUUGUGCACAGCACAUGGGUGUUUGGACGGGCCAUGUGUCACAUCAGUCGCUUUGUGCAGUACUGCUCCCUGCACGUCUCCACCCUUACCCUCACCGCCAUCGCGCUGGACCGGAGACAGAUGAUUUUACAUCCUCUGAGACCCCGCAUGUCUCUGGUUCAAGGCGGCGUUUGGGUGGCUGUUAUCUGGAUAAUGGCCUCAUGCUUCUCCCUCCCACAUGCAAUCUACCAAAAACUUCUCACUUUCGCAUACAGUAAGGAAAUGGAGCGAAGCUUGUGUGUGCCGGACUUCCCGGAGCCGUCGGACGUCUACUGGAAGUACAUCGAUCUCCUCACCUUCAUUCUGCUCUACAUGCUUCCUCUCCUCAUCAUCACUGCCUCCUACACCACGGUAGCCCGCCGAUUGUGGCGCCACAACAUUAUCGGUGACACGACAACAGCUCAGCACGCCACUCAGAGAAAAAAGCGGCGACGCACGCUGGCCAUGCUGCUCCUGGUUGUUGUUGUGUUCGCCAUCUGCUGGUUCCCUCUCAAUUGUUAUGUGGUGCUGCUCUCGAGCCAGGCUAUCCAGUCCUCCAAUGCGCUCUAUUUCUGCUUUCACUGGCUGGCCAUGAGCUCCACCUGCUACAACCCUUUCAUCUACUGCUGCCUGAAUCCCACCUUCCGCCAGGAGCUGCGGCUCCUUUUCAAUCGCUGCAGGUGGAGGCGGAGGUCGACGGUAGGCUUGGUGCCAGAGCGUCACCCGGCGGGCGCCUGCGCUCCCCGUCACAGAGCCGCCUGGCCUGACAACCAAGAGUCCUCCAGACCGAGCCAACCUUUGUCCCACCAGAGCCAGAACUCCUGCCAGCAAAGUCACGCGUCAUCCGGACACUCCCACAACCUGAAAGACGCACAUGUGCUUUUCACCGCCAGACAGGCCCUCACAGGCAGGACUGACAUUCUGGCGGUGGAGCCCAUUGUGGCCACAAAAUAAAGACGUUCUUGCAGGAUGUUAGUCGUUUUAAAAAAAAGAGCAUAAAAUGUGAGUCACAGAUGCUUGGCUGGUCCAAUUUAUGCAUGAAUACGACAGAGACAAGACGACGGACGAACUCCAUUGGCUGAUUUUAUGAUGUUUCUCUGUUUUAAGAUUGUACAUCUGAGCUUUUUAACAUUGCUUUAAAAAAUGUGCUUUAUUUUUCUAAUUUAAAAUAUUUUAGGCUGAGCAAAUACUACAUCUAAAGCCUUUCAGAGUCUGACUCAUUAUCUUUGAGUCAGUAUCUACAUCUCCUUUUCACAAAUGGGCCCCCACCCCCCAGCAUCUUCAUUAUAUGAUACUAUGGAGAAAACUGGCUUUUAUGUUUAUGAAAAAGAAAUCUGUCUGCAUUAGAAAAAAUGAUUUGAUCACUCUUUCACCAGCCUUUACAGAUGUUUGUGUCAGGCUUCAGCUGAGCUUGCCUUUCAUUAUCUGAUCAUGAAAGGAGAAUCUCAAGUAUGCUUAAAGACGAGUCAGAAACAAGUCAGAGAAGGUCCAUAUUUUAUCCAUAAUUGGAAGCCAUAAUCUGAUCUUAUCCUCAAGGAGUCCUUCAAUGAGUCCUUCUAAGCACUGUGGUGUUUUGAGUCACCUCUAAAGCGAAAAGUCUAUAUAAACACGUAUGAAUGCACGUUUUAGGCUUCCAAGAUCAAAAUUCGGACUCACAUGUCACUACAAAAAGUUUUAAAUAUGUGCUGAAAGGUAAACCAAUUAAACUGUCACUUGGAUUCUAUGGAGAGAAAAUAGGCUCAUCCGAUUUGUGUGUGCGUAGUUCUCAAUUUCCAACUCACACAACACAUUAUGUGUGUAAUUUUAUAUAGGUCCUUCUCCACAUUCAAGGAGCGGGACAUAGGGCUGAUGGACCCAUGAGCGCAUAUCUCUAUAAUAAAAUGGGAAAAUGUCACAUUUUCACCAGAUAAUAUCCACAAAGUUCAAAGUGGCUGAUGAGAAAACUGAUAACCCAGCAUUCCAGCAGCAUUUAAACGCAUCACUUACAUACAAAUCUUGGAGACAAGAGAAAGUCUCACAUCUGAUGUGUGUGUAAAUGCGUUUUUGUUUAUAUGUGUGUAUCAGGCGAUUUGUUUGUACUUCUUUGUCACCCAUGGAUAAACCUGGCUCUGGUAUAGGGGGAAAAAAAUACAAGAGGGAAUAAUAAAAAAAAAAAAAAAUGAGAAUAAAAGGAAUACGGUUCAUAAAAUAAAUGAAAUCCUGUGUCCUGAAACAAAAAGACAAACCAAACCAAAGAUAAUUGGAACCUGGGCCAAAAAUAAAAUAAGUCAGGGAGUCAUGUCAACCGUCAGAGUCCCUGUUAAGGGCUGCCUGAACAACUCUGCCUAAAGAAAACAAAUAAACAAAGCCUGCAAAUCAAGACUACCAAGGUCCAACCCCAAACUAAAAUAACAAAACCCAGCAGUGUAAGACUGCUGAGGACAGAAAAGGGGAAAAGAACAAAACCUAACCCUCAACUCCAGCUUCCUCCUGCUCUGCUCCCUGCCUGCCUGGGUGGGUGGGUGGGUGUGGCCUCCUCCAACUUAAAUAGCCAGCAGGUGCCAAUUAAGGCACAUCAGCAGAGCAGCAAGACGUAACACCUCCAUCCAUAAAAACUGAGGCAGGGCAGGGUGUAGAACACUCUUGAAGAUUUGUGUGUUUAGUUCGUUUUAAGCUGUUAGAAUUUAAAGAUCUGCGUGUGUACAUUCAUUCAGUAUUUUUUUGUAUUUUGUACUUAUGAAUACACAAGUGGAAGUACUUAAAGUUAUGCACAAAAUGUAUGUCUUACAAAUCAAAAAUUACGCGCACACAUAUCGGAUAGAACUAUUUUCUCUCCAUAGUUUGGUAGUGAUGUGUUGAUUAAAUAUCAAGUAUUGAAAAAAUAUGACACCAAGUCUUAUACACAUCGGAACAGAACUAUGAAUGAAAAAGCCUGGAGCAAGAUUCAUGAGAUUUGCACCACUUCUACAUUUCACCCCAAACCUCUUCCAACUGUAGGUACCUGUGCAGAUUUUUCAUACAUUUCUAUCCACUCCUAGAUAUCUUUGUAAAAUUGCUGUUGGUUUUUUUCCAAACAAUAUUAUGCUUUACUAUAACCGUAUGAUGAGUCUCCAUUUUGUUGACUUUGUAUCUCACAGAAGCAAAUCCCUGUGUUGUAGCAACUUGAAGAUUUAACGCAGUAAUAAGAUAAAUAAGCUUUUUGGAAUGUCAUCCAAUGCAUUCAAAUAGAACUUCUCAGUGUGUGUUGAGAACAUUGUGUUUCUCUGUUAUAUUUAUUUUUAUCUUCAAAUUUCUUUACUCAAAAUGUAAAUAUAUUCAUUUUAAAUAUUUUUUAUAUUGAGAAGCAAGUUUAACCAUUUCGUAUUCAUGUGCAGGUUAAAAAGAAUCUUUGCAAAAAACAAACACAAUUUAAAGGGUCAAAAAGUGCCACAAAAGUGAAGUUUGACUGAUUGAAUGUUUGCUGACUCAGUCAAUGUCUGGCCUAUUUCUGUGCAGAUGUUAUCAUCGAUGCUGAAUGUAAUACUGUGUUUAACUGCUGACAAUCCAGAAAUAACAUCCAUUAAGCUGUUAUGGCAGCUGAUGUUUUGGAGAUGUUUUCUCUUUUUUGCCUCAUAAACUUCCUGUUUUCACAUCUAAUGUGUCACUCAGUUGUUUCAAACUUGUUUUGAUAAUGCAAUUGUGAAAAACGUUUUUGACUGUUCCAAGUCAACAAACUAAAGUUUAAAUACGAAGUUUGAAAGAUUAAACUAUCCUAACAAGGAUUACACAGACUUCCAUUAUUCUUUCUCUUGUUGCUUUGCCCUGACCUCGUCCUUCCUGGUUAAUUAUUUCAUUAUUUUGCUGACAAAUUUUAGUUCAAACCCAAAAUAUCUGGUAGGUGGCAGUGUGCAUACAGACCAAGUGCAAGGUUCAGUACUUUUUAAAAGUUUGAAACUUUAUUAAACAGACAUACAGACAUAAGGUUACUUUUAAGCAUGAAAAAGUAAAUUGCCUGCACCCCACAAGUCUUUCACUGUCUGCAAAAAACAGUAGGACAGAGUUCACUGAAGGGAGGUCAAUUGAAAAACACAAAGACAAAUCCAUUAAAGACUGAGCUAUAAAAAAAAAAAA